UAGUUAGACGAGUUGGUUAAAUGGAGUCGACCACAGUUCAGUAAAUAUACCUAUAUUGAAUAGGAUUCUUCAUAAGUUUUUUUAACUUUUAUCAGUGACAAACAAUGAAGUACAAAAGGACUUUUAUUAAUUUCUCCUUUCAUAUGUGUGAGGCUUUUGUGUAUUGCAGAAAAUGGUAGAAAACAGUAAUUAUAACAGUUUGGAAUAAUGGGACUAGUAAUAAACAGAAGUUUGCUUAAGAAGAAGUGAUAAUGUUUUUUGUGGGCUAUAAGGAAAUGUAUGGUAUAAAUUGCAGUACUAAUGGGACCAAGCUAUUGAACAGGAGACUUGAGUAAACAGUUCUAUCAAUAUUAACACAAAUGAUAUUUAAAGUACCAACGUCAGUCGUACCACGGCAAAAUAAAUCAGUAGUAGAAUUAAUAGAAAUAUAAAAGUUGACAUUAAUGAUAUGAUAUAGUUGACAUGAAAAGAAAGAUUAUCUCAUUAUACAAAAUAGGGGUGCCAUACCAUGUCUGAAACUAUCAAUUGGACUAUAGAAAUACCCGUGUUUACCUUGGCAGUCAUUGGAUUGGUAGUUAACCUGACUUCACUCUUUUACAAAUUGGUUCGGUCCUUUUUAUUACCCAAGUUGUGGAAGUAUUCAUUAGUUUCUCUUGAUGCGGCUCAUAUUUUUUUAGGCGUAGGAUUAGUUUUACAUUUAAUUUAUAAAAUAACAAAUAUAGAAAGUAUUUGUAAAUCAAUAUCAUUUUUCUUACAGUUUGGAUUGUUCGAUUGUGUUAGUGGGUAUUUAAUUGCUGGAGUUAUUUUAUUAGGUAUAUACAAUCCAGGAAAGUCAUCUAACUUAACAUCCUUUCAUCGAAAUGUCUUUCUUGUUAUAUUUAUACCACAGAAAGUUACAUCAAUUAUUUUGUCAUUACUACCACUUACCCCAGUGUCAUUCUUUAAUUUUACCUCGGUGAAUGCGAUAUCUUGUUUGAACAUUGAGCAAAAAGGAGAAAAUGCUUUUUCCUAUGGACUUUUAUUAGUGUGUAUUUGUUGGAUUGUAAUUUUUGUGGCACUUAUUUGUUGUAUUGUGAGUGCUGUAAAAUUGUGGAAAGGAUUUAGUAACAGAAUUCACUCUGCCUCGCCUAAUGUUUGGCAAGCACAGCUCGUCAGCCAAGGAAGACAAAUUCAGAAAAUUUUAAUUAUUGAAAUAUUAGUUUGGAUUAUUACUUUAUUAGUCUUAACGGUAAUUAAUUAUAAGAAUACUAGCAAGUCAUUGAGUGCAAGUGCGGUAGCAUUGAUAUUAUUGGACAUAGCUACGAUAUUUCAUGGAGUUCUGACAAACAUUGGAAACAGUAUGUGGAGUAUUUGUUGUUGUACUUCGUCACAGACAAUAGAAGAAACUCAUCGUAAACUUAAACAGCUUGAACUCGUCAGACUUGAGGCUCCAGGCAAACUAAGAUUAAGAGCAACAUGGAAUGCUGGGAAACAUCACACCAGACAAGGUCUAAUGAAGGUGUAUGGACCAAAACAUGUGAAGUCCUGGGCCCAGGAGAUAGUAGUUCUGGGAAUGUUACGUAAAAUACAGCAUGCUAGUUUGUUACAAUGUCUGUGGACCAGUAGUUCUAACCCAUACUAUGAAACUAUGACGCUGAUCACUGGAGAGAUAGUCACUAGUGAUUCUAGAAUUAUUUGUCUUGAGUUAACUAACAGUGGAACACUGCAGGAGUUGAUCAGACGACUUGAAUCACCACUACCAGAAUCUUGUCAACGAAUGAUCAUCCAUGAUGUAGCUGAGGGAUUGUAUUACCUUCAUGAUCAGAACAUACUUCACAACAACCUGAACUCAUCAAGUAUAUACCUCAAAGGAUCACUACCAUCAGGACAGGUACCAGUGUAUAUGUAUGGCCAGGUGACAAAUCGUGUGCUACAGAGCAUGGUAAUGAGAGCUGCUAUAGGAGACUUUGAGGACACACAGAUAUUUGGAGCAAUGCAACAAACUAGUAACCACAGUAUAAGAGACAAAAGGAAUUUCUUCCUUCCUGAUAUUAGGUCUUUUGCUUUGAUCGCCUUGGAAAUUAUAUCAAAUAUGUGCGAGAAAAAAUUUGCCACAUACCAAUAUGAAUGGGAUCAGUACAUUAAUGAAAAAAAUGUACAUAACUAUCCACAAACAUUUUAUGAUGACUCAGAUUUUGAGGAUGAAUUUUAUAGGCAUAAACCUCAUGGGGUACGUUCUCCAGGAGAGGUUAUUGAGGAUUAUAAAAGAAGUAGGAGUAUGUCACCUGGAAGUCGACCUCUGUCAGCACAAUCAUGUAGAAGUCAGAGGUCAAGGACAAUGUCACCUGACUUAUCAAGGUCUAGACAUUCCCCUGCCGUAACAUUGUUUGGAAGCCGUGAACAGACACCUGAACCCAUGCCAAAAAGAUCAAGAAGUAAAUCACCAUUUUCAAAAAAACAUAAAAAGAACCGUGCACCUGAUCCUUAUGAUACAAAUCGUGUGGAUUCACCAAUUGUUUCUGAAAAUGAAAAACAAAGAAAAUCAACUACACCAUCGAAACAAAAAAAUGCUGAUGCAUUUAAUAAUUGCAAACCUCAGGGUAAAUCAAAAUUGAAGAAAGUUGACAGUAAAAAGUGGAUGAUUUCUAAACUAAAGACGAUUACUGGAUCAGAAACUGCUGUGUCAGCAUUUAAACCAAAGACUAAAUCUGAACAUUAUGAUUCAAAUGAUGAAGUUUCAGAGGAAGAAAUUCAAACUGUCAGACAAAAACUUCAUAAGAAAAAACGAAGUGAUUCCAAAAAUUCAAUGCAAUAUGAAAAUGAUCAUGCUUUACAUAAAAGUUUAUCAAACCAAAGUAAUCAUAGUCUUCAACAGGCAGCACAUGGUGACCUUUAUAGAACAUCUUCAGGGUCAGUUGAUCCCACAAUGUAUCAGAAAAUGUCCAAAGACGAAAAAAGGUUAUAUCAUAAAAUGCAAGGACAAAAUGAGCAAUCUGUCUAUAGAAGUAUGACGGGUAAUAGUGAACAAAUGAUGCAUCGAACACUGUCAGGCAACAGUGAAAACAUGAUGCAUCGAACAAUGUCUGGUAACAGUGAAAAUAUGAUGCAUCGAACAAUGUCUGGCAACAGUGAAAACAUGAUGCAUCGAACAAUGUCUGGCAACAGUGAAAACAUAAUGCAUCGAAAAAUGUCUGGUAACAAUGAAAAUAUGAUGCAUCGAACAAUGUCUGGUAACAGUGAAAAUAUGAUGCAUCGUAGAAUGUCUGGUAACAGUGAAAAUAUGAUGCAUCGAACAAUGUCUAAUCACAGUGAUCAAUGGAGUAUCCUUAGUGAUAUGGAAUACCCAAGGUCGCAUGGGCUUAGAAACACAAUAUCUCAGGACUCAAGGGCAUCAUUAUGGUCAAAUUUACCACUUCCUGUGGAAAUGAUUGAAGAAAACAAUGAUCAUUUGGAUGAAAUCAUAGAUUGUCUUCCAGGGAUGGCAGAAACUGUAACCUCACAGAGAAAGAAAAAUCCUCAAAAUAAAGAACAUUUAGUCAUAAGAGACAAAAACCUAAGCAUGCUUAGGCAACAAGAGUAUUGGAAAAGUGAUGGACCAGGCACUCGAAGGUUUGAGCUUGUUGACUAUUAUGAUGAGCUUCAAGGUAAAUUUGUUAAGAAAAUGGCUCCUCAUCCAUUUUAUCGUUCAUCUUCAGGGUCAAAUAUGCUUCCAAAAUCCGUUCACCGAACAUUCUCAGGAACACAAAUAUUACAUCGAACUACUUCUGGUUUACAAGAAAUUACUGAGGCAACCGAAGUUUCUGACAGUGAUAAUGAAAAUUUCAGACAUGACUUGGACUUGGCUCAUAAAGAGUUAAAAAGUUUGGGCCAUAUAAUUCAUCCUCAGGUAGACAAUUCAAAUGAUAAGAAACCAUUUCAGAAAAUAAAACCAGUUUUUAUCAAGGAGGAUUCUGAAAAACAAGAAGAAAAGACAAAAGAUAUAAUCAAACCAAAACAGCCAAAGAAAAAACGUUCAAAAUCAGCAGAAAAGGCUGGAAAUACAAGACCAGAGGAACAAAAUGAAUCAAGGUUAAUAAGAAGUGAAUCUCAGAAAAAGAAAGCACGAGCAACCUUACAAAAGAAAUUGACUAAUAGGGGUGGAAAUGUGCCUGUGAUUCCACUUUCUGACAGGCGGGAAAAGGCCAACCUACAGGUUAAAUAUGCAAAUGUUAAAAAAUUAAAAACACAAUCAAAUGGUGAAAACAAAGAAAAUGGUUGCACUGAUCAGAAUCAUACUGUUGUGAAUAUGGAAGACACAAAAGAGCAGACAUCAAAUCAUUAUGAGAAAUUCAAAUCUGGAGUACCGCGGUAUUCAAGUUUCAGUAGUAAUGAUAGUGGUAGUAGCAUUGAUUCAAGUGUACGUGUGAGAAAAGCCAAUGUUUCUUUAACAAGUGGUGAAUUAACUUCAUUGUCAUCACAAGCUGAUGUAGACACUGAUGGGCAUACAACUGACCUUGAUUUGCCCUUCAAGGAAAACCAAAUGAGAAAGAAAUUACAAAUGCAAAGUAAAGCUAGGAUCAGUGAUAGUGGUUUUGACAGUGAAAGUAGUGAACUUUCUUCUGAUUAUUAUCGCAAUCAUAAAGGAAAGAAAAUUCAAAGUCGCUUACCAGUUCAUCAUGAAAAGAGUCAAGUAGGACUUCAUGUUGAUGAACUACCUUUUGUUUCUGUUGAUUCUGGAAAAAUGAAUUUCUCGGAAACUGCAUUUGUCCUUACUGGAUUUGAAAAUAAUCAUAUUUCUCCUGAUCAAAAUGAUAUUGAUGAAGAAAUUCUCCCAGAAAAUGAUAUUGUGCCAAAUGAUUAUGAAGAUGAUUUACGACCCAUGUCAAGCAUGUCUCGUAUCAUAGAAGUGACUUGUGCUUCACCAGAAGAUAUUAAGGACUUGGAAGAUGAGAAUGAUAAAUGUUUGUCAUCAAAAACAGGCAUUAGUGGAUUUAAAAUGGGCAUGUCAGAUUCAAGACCAAAAACUCCAUCUCAUAGUUCUCGUCCAAAAACUGCAAGUUCAUUAGGUUCUAAGGAAUUGAGGGGCCCAAAUGUAUAUGCUAGUCCAAAUGUUGCAUCUAAAAGAUACAGAGAACUAACAAAGAAGGGUGUUCCAUUGAGAGUAUCUACCAUAACUUCUGAUUCACCAAAGUUAACAGAUAAAGGUCAACCAGAGGUCAUGGUGAAUGAAACAGAAGACUCAGGCAAUGUUACAGAUGAUCAAAAGCUUUUCAAUGAUUUAGAAUCACAUGGUUUCUUCAAAACAACCAAUACAAACACACUAAGUCCUCCUCAUAAACAGCAUCGCAAAUCACGGAAAGACCAACCAAAGAGGAAAAAAAUAAACAAGUGGAAAUUAGAUGAUAUCAUUAGAGAAAUUCCAGAAGAAUCUAGAAGUCCAAGUUCAAGCAAUAGGUCACCUAACCAUAAAUCAUUUUUUGACGAUUCAUUUCAUAAUCAGUCAGGAGAAGAGGCCAUGUUGAAUCAACCACAUACAUCGGAAGAUUCAGAAACAGCUAGUGUUCAAAAUAGUGCUGUCAACUCUAUCCCCUCUUCAGGUGUACCUAAACAGCAUCAGCCCUCAGUGGUUGUGGAUGCUGAGUUAUAUAUAGACAGAGUUUAUUCUAAUAAACCAGCAGAAAAACAAAAUGGACAAGUUCAGUUGUUAGAUCCUGAUUUUGAUUCUCCAUUGAAUUAUGAGCGUGUAUAUCAUCCCAUGUCAGAUAUGCAGUGCAUGAAUGAAUACAAUGAGAAUGUUGACUUGGAUAUAGAUGUUCCAUUGUUGGAAGGAAUGAAUGAAAAACAUGUGAUUAAUUGUCGGAAAAUGACAACACAACUAAAUCUUGUUUCAUUCCAUGACCUACUUCCUGCAAACCUGGAGAAUUUUACAACACUAAAGACCAAACUACAGCAAGGUGGACAGCUUGGAAACAUUGGUACACAGCUGUUGGAAAUUAUUCAUAGUUGUUGGCUGAAUGAGUUACCUCCCACUUCUUUUGAUCUGGUACUACAAUUGACAGAUCCAGUGACAGAAACAGAGCUGUAAUCAUAGCAACAGUAUUCUGACAGAAACCAAGAUUUUUUACAGAGGUUCCAAGUUAAAAGAAAAAGAAACAUUCAUUAAUCCAUUCUUGAAAUACUACUGUAUAUGGCAAUUAUAGUUGGUAAAGCAUGGUACACAGAUAGGUUAUAUGAUUUGAAAUUGUUUCCAUUAAAAAAAGAUGAUGGGGAACAAACUUCACUCAAGUAACUGCAAUAACAGCAUUUGUUCAAGCUUAUAAUUGUUUAAACAGAUCAUUGCAUACUCAUACAGCAGUCAAAAAUGUGAAAGGUAGUUGAUUUUCAGAAACAUGUAAAAAAAAAAUCAAAAUUCAAAUUUAUGUCAUUCCAAAACCUUUCCCGUCAAGUUAUUUCAUGAUUGCAAUAAAUAUCCAAUCAUUCUGAAUAUAUCAUGGCAAGGAUACACAACUGUUCAUUAAUGCAUAGAGUUGAUUUUGAAGAUCAAGAAAGAAAUUUUCAUAAAUAUCAUUUCAAAUUGGGCAAGAUAAACUGUAAGACUGGUAUGAAAUAUAUAUUAGGCAUUUGUUAAUACAAUAGCAUUUACAUUGUAGUCAAAAUAUUUGUGUAUAUUGCAUUUACUUUCCAUUCCGUCCAUUAUAGCUGAAGUUAAGAGAAAGGUCAUAUAUCUUUUUAACGUUUUAUACAGCAUUGUUAAUAUUUAAUUAAAUAAUUGGUGCCAAAUGAAAAAUAUGUAUUUAAUUAUGAUAUCAGUCAAUUCUUUGAUGUUUUCCAUGUUUUUUUGUUGUGUUGGUUGUUUUACUAUGUUACUUUUUUUGUCUUUUUUUUCUGAUGUAAUGUACAAUGUAAUUUGAUCAUAAAAUAUUCAAAAUACAUUUAUAAUUAUUGUUAUGAAGGUCUGGAGAUGGUUACAGAAUAGAUAAUAAUGGACAAAAAAAUUGAGAAUAUAAAAGGGCAAAAUUAAUAAAGUCAAGAAUAGAGAAAAAUGGGCAAAAAAAAAAGAAUAGAUAAUAAUGGACAAAAAAAUUGAGAAUAUAAAAGGGCAAAAUUAAUAAAGUCAAGAAUAGAGAAAAAUGGGCAAAAAAAAAAGAAUAGAGAAUAAUGGGCAAAAAAGAAUAUGUAGAAUAGAGAAUAAUGGGCAAAAAGAAUAUAAAGAAUAGAGAAAAAUGGUUAAAAAAUUCGUAAAGGUUCCGCGAAACCCAGUGUCUAGCCUACUUUUGCUGUUAAUCGCAGGCUCAACAAAAAUGAGGAAAAAAAUUAAUUAAAAUAUUCCUCUCUAUACUAUCUUUUGAUUGAAAGUAGCUUCUGUCCAAGUUUGGUAAAAAUCCAGGAUAGUUUAUGAAUCUAAUAAAUGUUUUAAAAACUUAAACUGCAGACUGUAUGUAAUGUUAACUGGAAGAAAAACUAAGUCCAUUUAUAAGUAAAAUAAGGAAAAAAUGGAACAAAAUUUUAACAAAAUUUCCUUCUAGAUACUAGCUUUUAAUCAUAAACAAGCUUCUGUCCAAGUUUGGUACAAAUCCAAGAUAGUUUUAGAAAGUUGUUAAAACUUUAAAAACUUUUAACCACAGAGUGAAUGUAAUGUUAACUGGCAGAAAAACUAAGUCCAUUUAUAAGUAAAAUACUGAAAAAAUGAUUUUUUUUUUUUUACAAAAUUUACUUCUGGAUUAACCCGAAUAAUUCAGUCGUUAUAUUCCACUGCUCUACAAUGGCUACAUUAACGCCUGAAGGCCUUGUCAAUAAAAAAUCGUCAAAUAAUUAUUCGGAAUUAGCUCGGGAUUUACCUAUCUCGAUAACAUUGAGCUAUUAGCUGAUUGUCUCUCUUUCUCAGAGAGCACCAAUCAAAAUCCUGGAUUCGUGACGCGUUUCUAUUGUAUAAAGAAUUCAGGCCCUCGCGAGUGGGAGAGUCGAUCACGGGGAGGGACUGAAUUAUUCGGGUUACUUCUGGAUACUAUCUUAUGAUCAUAAACAAGCUUCUUUCCAAGUUUGGUAGAAAUCCAGGAUAGUUUAAGAAAGUUAUUAAAAUUUCAAAAACUUUAACCACAGAGUGAAUGUAAUGUUUCCUGGCAGAAAAACUAAGUCCAUUUAUAAGUAAAAUAUGGAAAAAAUGGAUUUUUUUUUUUUACAAAAUUUACUUUUGGAUAUUAUCUUAUGAUCAUAAACAUUUUUAGCUUCUGUCCAAGUUUGGUAGAAAUCCAGGAUAGUUUAAGAAAGUUAUUAAAAUUUCAAAAACUUUAACCACAGAGUGAAUAUUUUUGUGGAUGCCGCCAACAACGACAACAAUGCCGACGACGGAAUGUAGGAUCGCUAUGUCUCGCUUUUUCGACAAAAGUCGAAGGCUCGACAAAAAUGAAAGAAUUCAGAAAUAGAGACUUCCCUCCCAUCCAGACUUAUCAUUUUUGUAAUGCUGUGAAAGUACUUAGUUCUAUUUUCUGUGGAUUUUUUUAGGUAAAGCAUGCAUUUUAAUACCAACUAAAAGGCAUAGCGGAUAAUUCACUUAUGAUGUGCUGAAACAUGAAAAAAUAAAAAUUCAAUAUCAAUUUACCAAAAUUGUUCUGAUAAUGUAGAAAAUUUUAAUCAAUAGAUAAAAGUACUUUCAAUGUUUGUACUCUUUUCAUGAUGUUAAUGUUUCAGAUUUUAUAAAUUCAUCAUUUUAUCAAUCUUUUCAUUUCACCAAACACCAAUUCAUUGACAUAUAAUUAUAAAGUUAUGAUAGCCUAGGAAAUUUUAAAAGUAGAAAUAUAAGAACCUUUCCUCAAUUCCUCAAAUGAGAUAUUUGCCACUGGACAUUAAGCAACCAACAAACAAUCAAUCAAUCAAUCAAGCCCUUAAAAGGGAGAUAAAAGAAAUUCAUAUACAAAUAGGAAUAAAUGAUUUAAUUGCCAAGGAGGCAGCCACUCAUCAUAGAUCUUUGGUAGAGGAUAUCAACACAACUAGAUAAUUAUUGAGUGAUCUUGAAACAUAAUUACAGACAUAGUUCUCAUUCUUUAACAGUUGGUAUUUAUUUUCUGAACUUCAAUCUUAAUGUUAUCAAGAAAAGUGGAAUUUGUUUCUUAUUGGCUCAUAAUUAUCUAAUUUAUAGACAACAAGGAAAGAGGUUCCAAGGACUUGAGAAUCCUUUCAUUUUCAAAUUAAACAGGAACUCUAUGACAACAUUUAGUCUCGUUGACAUUUACCUAACUUUUCCUUUUAUUCAUAUAAAAAUGUCAUGAAAAGGAUUGUAGUAAUUGCGUCAGUUCAAACAAAAGGAGAACUGUAGGUCUUUCAACAACAAAUAAACAAAAUCAUUUAGUUGAAAGACAUUGCAUGACAAACAGUAAUUAGUGAUCUGGUGUUCUUUGUACUAAAGUUUAUAUAGUCAAGGUGACCUUUAACAUUUGUAUCAUAAAGAGAGCUGGUUAUUAUUUUUCUUUCUAGAUAUUUCUUAAUUACAACAUAUAAUUAUAUACUUAAUAAUAAAAUAAUCAUGAUAUAUAACUUUGUAGACCUAGGUUUGGUCCAUCUUAUGUACUUGUUGCCUUUAUCUGAAAUUUAUGUAAAAUUAAUAUGAACUUGAAAAAAAAAAAUCAGUGAAAUGAAAAUUAUAGAAAAAUUUGAAAACAACCUUGAAGGUAUUCAUAAAUAUUUUUUUUGUUUCUAAAGUAUGGUUAUACAUUCAAUUGAUUAGAAAAUACAACUUGUACAUUAAAGUUAUAAUAAUAUUUGGUAGAGUAACCUCACCUUUGAAUUUUUAAAUUGAGUUAUAGUAAUUAUCAAAAUUUGGGGGCUAUUUUCAUUAUGAAUAUGUUUGAAAUACGUCUUCCAUUUAAAAUUUAAAUGUCCAUGUCCGUUUGAAGCUAUUGAUAUGUAGUUUCUAAUGUUCGGAAAAUAGAAAGAGAUUUUGAACUUUCUCCAAGACAAAUACUAUAGCUUACAUUCGUUAUGACUUUUAUCAACAUUAGUUUAAGUCAACAUGUAAAUUCAAUUAAAAAUUUUGAAAUUUCAAUUUUAUGUAAUUGGUUAAAUGAAAGUAGAUUUAAACAUCAGUAUAUUUCUGAGGGGUAAAUGAUUAAUUUCAUGAGAAUAACACCUUUGUGUUGAUAUAAUGCAUUUAAACAUUUAACUUAGCAAAUACUGAAAUAGACUUAUACACCACCCAAAACUCAUAAUUCUAUGCAUAAAAAUUGUUGAUACAUAGUUUAAUUUUUUUCAAUAAACAAUAUGUUUCCAAUUAUUUGUCAGAGUUUAAUGAAAGUUAUAGAUUUCUUUUUUUUCUACAAAUAAACUUACAAUACUGUUGUUAGACAUGUAAUAAAUAUACUAGUUUGGGACUUGGCUUAAGUAUAGAUGCUGAUUUGAACAAUUUUUUUUUUUUUUUUGAAAUACCACUUUAAAUUCUUGCAAUGGUUUUGAAGUUAUUAAUAUUUCAAAUACUAGUAACAAUUAUGACAAUUUUAAAUGAUCAGACUUCAUUAUAUUUCCUUAGUUUUUCUAAAGUGCUCUGACAGAUAGUGAAACCUUAUACAAAUUAUGCUGCAUUUUAAGUGUUUGUUACCUAUCAUAUCAUUUGUUCCUGUGAUACAAAAAAGAUAUUUUUAUAGACAAUAAUUUUGAUUAAUCUGUGAUAAUUUAUAGAUUUGUUUACAGUUGUUGAGACAUACAAUAAAUAUAGUAAUGUU